AUGUCCUUGACGAUCUUGCAGCGUUUGAUGAUCAUCCGAGCUUCGAGGGGGAGACCGACUAGCUGGAUCUCAUGGCCCUCAUCAAACAUUCAACAUCGUACCUUCUUUGGGAUUGGAGAGAUACUCGGAAUAUUAGCUAACCCCGGAGAAACUGUGAGGUCGUUGGCCGAGUCGAAGCGUUUGUUGGAAGAAACCCGGGCUGAGAUGUUGGAACAGAAGGAAAGAGAUUCAAUCCCACCCAAGCAUACAUUCUCCCCUCUUCCGGGUCUUCAGUAUCGAGAGCAAGAGGUCAAGGUCUUGAAGACUUGUCUAAGCUCGAUCCCAAACUUCACCGUCAUCUUUGGCGGUACGAGCGUCGGUAAGACGGCGUUAUUGAGACAGGUCCUGACGGAUGAACGAUAUCAUGUGAUCCACUUCGAUCUAAGGAUGGCUGGCUUUGCGGACGUCUCAUCCUUGUUCUUUUCGUUUGCUUGGCAAAUGGAGCAGUAUUUCGUCAGCCUGGCAAGCCGGUUAGAAGGCUAUGAACCGUUCGAGAAAGAAGCUUUAGCAUUCAAGCACUUGCGAUUGGACGCCCAACGCAGGGUCGAAAAAAAUGGACCACCAGUCAAGACUUCUGAUAUUGCUCAUCUUCUGGAGAUCUUCCAAAGUUGUCUUCUGAAGUAUUGGGAAUUCACCCCAGUCAAUCCAGAUGAAAGCGAGAGAGAUAAAGAGAGUAUCAGUAAUAAGCCGAUGAAAGAGUGGGAAAAGAAGAAACUGAAGAUGGUUCAAGACAAAGUGAAACAGGAAAUGAGCUUAUCAUCAGACCAAAAUUCACCAGUGGACGCGAAACCUGAGCCCAAAGGAAUGGAAGCCAGUCGCUCGGUCGAGUUUGUCGAGCCAUCUCAAGAUCAAUCUGCGCCCACUCAGGAGGACAAAGGUCUCGACGAAUCUGAGCGUAGUGAUCAUGAUCAGGAGGAAUCCUCCGAAUGGAAGCCACCGACAAAAUUAAUCCCAGUCUUUUUUAUUGAUGAGGCGCACAAGUUACCGGCGUUAAUCAAGGAUCAAGAAACGAUGAAAUGUAUCCUCGACGGCCUUCUAGUGCUGACCAAACAGGACCGCUUAUGCCAUGUGAUCAAUGCCACCUCGGAUCCGUUCUACAUGAACUGGCUAAGAAACAUGAACGUGCUAACCCAUUGUACGAUCAUCACGAUCGGUGACCCGCCCCAAAAGGAAGCCCAAGAAUACUUCAACGAGAGUCUGUUAUGCACCUUGCAAAAGAAACUCGACCAGCAGCCGAUCUGUGAUACUCGUGAUAGCCAGUCCGGGAACCUGAUCUUGAAGCAUCAAUCCUCUCAGCAGUCUGAUUCAACCCACCACCAUCAAUCGGGCACUUAUGAGCUCGGAUUCGAUUUGAUCUAUGAUACCUUUGGGGGCAAACUGGCCCAUUUGCAAGGCUUCGUGGGAGAUUAUUUGAAUUCUGGUGGAAAGUUGAAGCCUAAACAAUCUUCGCCAUUUCUCCAAGCCUAUGCCUUACUCCAAUACCAUAUAGUCAACACGCAACAUCUACCGCGAGAGGCCGACAAGCUAUCGGGGCCGAUUUCGCCUUACUCACAUCGGGUUCCAAUCAAGGAAAGCGUGCAGGCGAGUGUUUCACAAGUGGAGGGCUUGGACCGAUCUCACGUCACAGAAGCUGGCGAGACGUUCCAAGCGACGACUCUGUUGUACGUGAUUUCGAAGUUCACGAGCUACGAGGUCGAGCGUUUGACGGGGAAGAUUGUCCUGGACGACGGCAGCCCAAGCUCGCCGACACCCAAGCCUUCCAGUCCGCGUCAGACGUACUCAUACUUCGGCCUCAGCAGGGAGGUCGGCGUCCGCUCCGUCGACCAUCUCGUCCGCAACCGCAUCCUCGACCUCCGCUGGACCCCGCCCGUCUCCACCGACCCCGUCGAUCCCAACACCAGUACCUCUCCUUCAGACAUCUCCCCUGCUGACGUUGAACCCGUCGUCUUGCCUGUCAGCCCCGUCAUGCGGACUGCUAUGCAAACCGUGUUGGACCAACACUUCAAAGAAAAUCUGCUCAGAUAA